GGCUUUCCGCCGGCGGCAAAUUGCGGACACCACCACCGCGGCCUUCAUGCUGCCGCCCGGCUGCUCGCGCCGGUUGGUGGCCGAGCUGCAGGGCGCACUGGAUGCCUGCGCACAGCGACAGCGGCAGCUGGAGCAGAGCCUGCGCGUCUCUCGGCGGCUGCUGCGGGCCUGGGAACCAGCCAGGACCCCUGCUCCAGAGCCACCUCCCGGGCCAGAAACUAAUAAAGAGGACCCGUCCUCAGCAUGCCCAUCUAGCCCCCAAGAUCUCAAGGAGCUGGAGUUUCUGACACAGGCACUGGAGAAGGCUGCACGGGUGCGAAAAAGCAUCUCUAAAGCUGGAGAAAGAGUCAAAGCCUCCAGUCUGAAAUCGGUGUCCAUUGCUGCCUCUCUUGGCACCACAGUCUCUGCUGCACCCCGAGCCCCGGGCCAGGCUGGCAGCCAUGCAUCAGGGACAAGACCCACCAAGGGUAUCCACCAGAACACAGUGCCUGUCAAAGGUUACCCUGAACACAGGUUUCUGUCAGCAAGGGAUAGGAUCCAUGUGGGAAUAGGAGCCCGAGCCACCAGACCUGGACCUGGCCUCAGGGACCAACAAAUAACACCAUCGGCUGUUCCUCAGGCCCCAGAAGUCUUCACACUCAAGGAGAAGGGGACGCUACUCCAGCUGCCCGUGGCCUUCAGGAAAGCGGCUUCCCAGAACUUCCGCUUGUGGGACCAGCUCAAGUCUACACACACUAAUGAGUCCACAGAUGCUGCCGCUGCCACUGCCAAAACCCACUUUCUCCAGAAAAUGCAGACAGCCUCAUGCUGGCCCAGCUCUGGGCUCAGUGCUAUGGAGGUGGAGGUGGAGGUAGGGCGCCUGCGGAAUGCCUGCUCGCUGCUGAGACUACGCAUGAGGGAGGAGCUCUCAGCAGCCCCUGCUGACUGGAUGCAGGAAUACCGCUGCCUGCUUACCCUGGAGGGGCUGCAGGCCAUGGUCGGGCAGUGUCUCCACAGGCUGCAGGAGCUGCGUGCAGUGGUGGUGGAACAGCCGCUGGUGUCCUGUCCCAUGGGGAGGUCCCCCUGGGGCUCACUGCCCUGUGGAGGCGGAGUGGACCCUUCCUGGAGCCCCCAACCACUUAUCUACUCCAGCACCCAGGAGCUGCAGACCUUGGCAGCCCUCAGGCUGCGGGUGGCCAUGCUGGAGCAGCAGAUCCACCUGCAAAAGAUGACCGGUAAGGGGAUCUUAACCCUUGACUUGGUGUUGGCAGCACCAUGCUCAGCGAGUGAGCGAACCGGCCAUCCCUAUAUAGGAUCCGAACCCGUGGCCUUGGUGUUAUCAGCACCACACUCUCCCGAUGAGCCACGGGCCGGCCCUCUUCACGUGAACCUUUGCUGAGUGCCUCCUGAAGCCCACGCAGUCCCUGGAGCUGGGGCACCAGCCCUUUGUGUGGGCUUCACCACACUGGGCUGUGGACAGCAACCUGCCACAAAGGAAAUCACCAGCCUUUGCCCCCAGAGCCUGGGCCCCAGAGGCAGCAGGACAGGAGAUGGUGACACUGGAGAAAGUGGGUCUUUGAGAGCCAAAUGAAGUGUUGCAGGCAUAGGGUGAUCCACUAGGCAAUGGUGAAGCAGCUCAGCGUGGUUCUUUGGCGCCCAGGAGCAGGCCCUACUUGUAAAGCACCUGACAGUUCAGCAGACCAGAAACGCUCUGGCAGAGUCUGCAGUUGAGGGCUUUUGGGGACCAGAUGACAGAGGCCAAAAUGGAAAAUGAAAAACCAUGGUCACUGCAUUGGGAGGGCCCUCCAGCAAUAGAACAGCUCUGUCCACUGCCAAGAAUAGGAACCCCAGGGAACAAACAGUGAGCCAAGAGAGAAGGGGAGCCUGUGGGACUGCCCUGGCCUGGUGGGCUGGCACCCACCCCCCAGGGAUUCAGUCUUGCCACUACCAUCAUGGUACUUCCCACCCUGGUAUAUUUCCAUAGCAGGCAGUUUCUAUCCAGAAUUAUUUCGUCAACUGGUUUACUUGGCUCAUUGUCCACCAUCCCUACCGGACAUUUUUCCCAGGAGGGCAGGGGCACUGUCCACCUCUCUUCCUGGCCAGGGCCAGAUGGGAGCCCAAUCAAUGUUCCUUCACUCAAUGACCUGCCUAUCCUGGCCAAUCUAGGAUACUGGCGGUGUCCUGUGGAUUGCUGCGCGCGCCCUGGGCCUCUU